AUGACUGAAAUUUUAUACCGUGACUUUAGGAUGCCAAAUGAGGAGAAUCACGAAGACUGUAUCCUUAGUCUGCCGUGUUUUGAAAUUCAAACGCGUGAGGAUCGCCCACUAGCGCCUGCGGCGGAGGAUUUUCCCUUGGGUUGCGAGGUGGAGCUUCUGGAUAUCGAUUUUGCAAAAAUAGCUCAGGAAUCAAAACACUGGGAACCUUUUAUGGAAGAUAUUUUCAGUAAACCUCGACGCCGUGUGAAGGUUGCGAGACAUUUGGGGGACUACACCUUUGUGCUCUGCUCAGAUAUAGAUGGUUUCAUGCAGGUAGGAUUCACUCUUUAUCGUGCCUGUCUCAGCGAACCCAAGGUUAAAACGACGAAGUAUUCUUCUGGGCUUGCCAAGCACUUAGUUGACGAUGAUGAGCCCCUUGCAUUCAAUAGCCUCAGGGUUGUUCGACGGCUCGACGGUGAGCCCAACAAGCAUGCUUUCGAUCGAUCGAUCUCGAAGACGGUAUCACGAAAUUUGUUGAUGAAGAAUAAACUUUUUGAAAGCUCCCCAAGAUGCUUUUUGAACUGUGCUCGUUCCCAGAGCGGGAUGCUUAGUGGGGGUUCUGAGAAUGGUGGCUCCGCAUGGCGGCAGAAGGAGUCCAAGGCGGCGAAGUGUGAUAACCCCUCUCCUACACGCCCCUCGAGUGUGGAUACGAAGACGGACACCACAGGGUCUGCAUCGAAGACCACCAAGCGUUGCACACGGAGCAAGUUCACCAUGCUGAUGAAGCAGGGCACGCACGCGAUCAAAAAUUCAAAUUACGAAUCGGCGAUUUACUACUACAAUUUAGCUCUACGCGAAUCCCCGAAGGAGGCUGCCCGUGUGCUUAGCAGCCGCUCUGUUGCCUUUCUCUUCCUCGGGCAGAUCGAGAAUUCCCUCUCAGAUGCGGAGCGGGUCAUUGCGCUGACACCCGAGUCCUAUCUCGGCUACGUGCGUGUCGGCAACGUGCUGCGGAGCAUGCGCAGGUUUAAGGACGCCCAGUCUUACUACCGACAUGCCAUCAAACGCGAUCCCACCAACCUCGUCAUUCAAAAACUUUUCUUUGAAAACUCCAUCGCCAUGCUGUUCGGUUCCCGAAUGAAGCAAUUCCCAAGGAUCAAAAUUGAGUAUAAUCAGCCGCACAUGCGAGCCCAGCUUGUGGCGCGCUGCCCGGUCAAAAAAGGGGGUAUCGUGUUCAAGGAAACGACCUCCCUGAUGGCGCUGGUAGACCUUCCUCUCACCCCCACAAAGUUUGGAUGGCUUUGCGAGCACUGUGGGAAGGCCUUCCUCGAGGAGGGGAUCCGGGCCCACGUCCCGGGCCUCCAGUCGGAGCUCUUCCGCCUGUUGUGGAAAGAGCCCAAGUCAGUGCGCUGUGCCUACGGCUGUGGGGCACGUUACUGCGGCGUGGAGUGUCGCAAUCAGGCGUGGUCGGCCCAGCACUGGGUGGAAUGCCGGGAAGGGGGCCGGUGGAAGGCCGGGAUGGGGGAGGCCCAGGCCUUCCUUCGUAGCCUCACUGCGCCCCAGUCGGACAGAGGGGAAGGGGGGGACCCCCUUCAGGACGUGUCCCAUGACCUCACAGGGGGGCUGCUGCGUGUUGCGGUUCGGAUGUUCUCCAGCAUGGUGAGCUCCGUCUGGCCGCUGCGGGAUGCCGUUCACAUGUUUGACUGGCUGCGGGUUUCACAAAGGGUGGAGGGGCGGCGGGAACAGGUCCGUGGGGUGGUACAAGACUGCUACCGGCUCCUUUCAGUGGGUUUCCUCCCAGAGGAGCGCGCGAAACUCACCUAUGAGCUUUUCGAGCGGUGCUAUGAGCGGGCCGCGUCGAAUGCCGUCCUGAUGUGUGUCACGGGGUGGGGCGAUGUGGCGUUUCGGGCUCAAAGCCUUCGCGCCUUGUUAGAUGGUGACACUUAUGAAGGGGCUCAGAAACGGUUUGGCGGGGGAAAUUCAACGUCGUGCAGCUCCAUUGCACCCUUCACGCCAAUCUCAGAAUCCUCUCUAAGUUUUGUGAACUCGCAACGUCAUUAUCACGAUGAAAUACUCAAGAUCCCGCCAGAGGGCACCCCAAGUAUGCAUUUAUACGUUGUUGCUGUGUUUGAGCUAUUCUCGAUGACGAAUACGGUGAAUAUGAACUCUACGGUGUAUGGUAAAAACGGUGGACUUGCUGUGGAUUGUCUUUCAUCAACAUCCUAUAGUACUUCGUCUAUGAAACGUAACAUGCCCUCAUACCUGCCAAAUCUUUGUAUUCAUAACUCUGUAGAUUCAUGUGUUCGAAUUUGUGCCCGGGCGGCGGAUGAUGUCGAAAAGGGGGAGGUCUACGUUUCUGCGCCACCGAUCCAGCCUCUAGUUUCUACCACUACCUUGGGUGAGAGUUGA